UCGGCGAUAAAUAGGUCUAGCACGCUGCUCAACAAUCAGUAUUAUAGAAGGUACACAGCCCCGCAGUAAGGUGAUUUGCAAUGUUCCGUCUGCUUGCAUUUAUUGGUGCGCUUAGCGUUUGCUUUGCCUAUGCCGCUGCUGCCAACUGUCCCCUGUGCAUAGGAGUGGUAGCCUGCAAUACUAAUCAGACCAUCCCCAAGGUCACCUGCACACCGGCCGUGGUCAAUCAAACGGUACUACAGCUGAAUACGUUCUACAGAAAUACAACCGAAUUCACGGCCUCCUCCAAAGUGUACAGCUGUGUGAAGGUGAACUUUAGGAGUACAGGCUCACAGGUGGACACGUUUGCCGUGCAAGGAUGUACAGCAGGUAGUAAGAGCAUCUGCCGACAGCCGACGAUCGAUUUCAAUGGCAGCUUGAACUGCUCUUCGCAGACCAGCAGCAGCUCAACCAACAACUACAGCCAACGAUCGUCCGCCAGCGUGCUGCUGAGUGUACUGUUCAUUAUAGGUGCUUUUGUGACGGCAAGCUAACCGUACUGCGUGCGACAAUAUACUGGUCCGUCUAGCGCACUACGGCACAACGAAAUAAACCGAUAAUCAGCACACAAGUGGCAAUCAAUCCCAUCGAUGACACCUGCGUGCCCGCCCGUCCAUCGUCGUCGUCGAUGUAGCUCUCGUA